AUGUUUUCGUACUAUCAUUCACCUUCAGACUCUGACAAGUUAUUUUCAUCUGGUCUGACGUCUCGAAAAAGCUAUGCUGAAACUUCCAUAACAAGCCUGUCUGAACCCACUCCUACAAAAACGUUAUACCCUGCUUCUUAUAAUAGGAUUAUUUCUGAUAAAGAGAACUAUGAUCUUUCUGGACACGAUUAUCAUGAUCUCUUGGAAUAUCCUGAAGAUUUAGCUCAGGAACUAACCCCAAAGCAAUUGCAAAAUAUUUUAAAGAAGCAAAUAGAACCGGAAGUUUACAUUCCUACUGAGACAAGCUACCCAGUGGAAGCAAUCCCUCAUAAUAAAUCACCUUCCCGGAUUUUGCAUCAAUUGAAUGAUGAAAAUAACAACGUUCCAGAGUUUUUACCAGAAUCUGAAUCACCACCAUCACCCGAGCCGUGCAAAUCACCAAGGGCCCCAACUCCAACAUCUAAGCCUAAGGCUGUGGAACCUUUAACUCCAAGGAAGCCAUACCUCGUAGUGUCUCCAGCUUCGGCUCAAGAUGACAAUGAAUCAAUCUUGACCAGACAGACCACAGCUUCAGAUUAUUUUACCUAUUAUUACGAUUAUUGGCAUAGAAAGUCCCAUUCUAAACCACCUCACUUAAUUCAACAAAGCCAAUUCCCAACCCUCAAAGAACCUCAAAUUGACACCAAAAACCGUGAUCCAAUAAAGGUUGCUCUUGAUACUUCUCGAAAUGAAAAUAAAAUCUUAUCAGAAGAGAGACUGUCUAACGAAAAGAAUAGUCCAACUAGAUAUAGAAUACCCGAGUCUAUCCAGGCUUCACCAACACCUAUGAACGACUACGAUGAUGAACUAGUUAUGUAUUUACGAAAGGCGAUUGAUAAAAUUAAACAAAAAGAGGAUUUGAAGAGAAAUAUUACUCCUUCUGACUGUGAUAUUUUAGCUUAUUUACUUGAAGUAUUAGCAAAAGAAUUGAAAAAAAAGAAGUCACAUGGGUCAUUAUCACAAGGAAUAGAUAACCAGUCUGUAAAGUCAACUCCACGAAGAGACCGAGAGUUGAAAAAGAUCAAAAAUAUUUUACUGAAUCUUGAACGCCAACAGAAGUCUCUAAAAGCCACUCUUGAGGAACUUGAACGAGUCAAAAAUUUAGAAAAACAGAAAGAUGAAAACAAAGAGCUUGAGCUUCAAAAAGAAAAGGAUAUCAAAGAUGCUGAGACAAAAAAUUCAAUUGAAAUUGAACGAGAAAAACAGAUGGAUGCUGAAUCUGCUGCUUUUACAAUUGAUAAUAAAGGGAAAAGCACAGAAGAAGCAAAAGUUAAAGCAUUGGAAGCACAGAAUGAAAUUGAUGCUGAAGAACAUAGACAGUAUUUACUUCAACUAGAAGCAGAGGAAGAAAAGAUGAAUCAAAUAGAACUGGAUAUUGAGGAAGCAGAAAGACAAAGAGAACUUCAAGCUGCCGAAAAGCUUUCAGUUGAAAGAGCCGAGUCCAAGCUAUCUAUCGAGUUGCGAAGCCCUCACAUUGUUGGUAAUUCUAAUGAUAUUCAAAAAGCGAGUAAUGACGUUGAAAGAGAGGAAGUUUCACGAAACUUACAGGAGGAAAAUGCUGACAAAGAACAACAGGCCAGAGAGUUGGAGAUUGAAGAAAGAUUGAGAUGUGCAAACGAAGACAAUUUUAGUUGGGAUGAUGGCGGUGAAAGAGUUUUUCAAAAGUCAUAUAACUCUAAGGAUAUCGAAAGGGAAUCCAGAGAACAAGCUAAAAUUCGAAGAUCAAAAUCUCGUAUUGCAAAAUCAAAAAGAGACAGAGAGCUUCGAAAGACAAAAAAAGCAAUAUAUGAGUCAAAGUUGGCUGAUAGAAAAGCUAACCUUAAAAUGAAAGCCGAAUUGAAGACGAUAAAACGCGAAGCAAGAGCCAAAGAGAAAUUGGAAAAGAGAAAAGCAAAGGAAGAGGCAAGAGCUAAAAGAAAUUCUUUAAUCGUUCCAUCUGUAAAUUCAAAUAUAUUUGCUUCAGCUGCUAGCGAAAAUUCUGAUAACGAGAUUUUAUUUAACCAAGAACUAGAUAAUAAUGAGAACCAAUUGAAAAGAAGUAAAAGCUUUAAGAAAUCUUUUAAAAGCAAGGUUCAAACUAUGAAAAAAGAGCUAGGACAGGAUUAUGUUAGGCAUUAUCGAACAAGCAUGGGGAAAAAAUUAAUCACUAACGGUGUUCAAAAUUCAAAUAUGAUUGAAAAAGAGUAUCGGCCAGAAACACCUAAAGAAGCAGAACCAAAAACUCCAAGUCAGAAGGAUCCAAACUCUGGUCAAAAAGCAGAACAGCAUAAGCCAGAAAAUAAAGUAAAAACAGUCGAACCACCAAGGCCUGCGCGAAAAUUGAAUGAUCCAGCCCCAACAUCUGCCACUACGUUGCUUCAGCCUCUAUACAGAUACAUAAAGUCAUAUGUUGCUCCCAAACCGGCCCCGAAACCAGUUGAAGAUGAUGACGAUUACUAUACAAGCGAUUACAGCGACGUUGAUGACAACUUAUUUGCUAGACCAAAAGCUGUUCCUGUUCCCGCACCUGCUCCUGUUCCCCCACCAACAACAGACAACUCCGCCCAGCUAAAACCUCUAAGGAAGGGCAAGCUUAGAAUGAAAAUGCCUGGUUUGACAAGAAGAAAGAAGUAA